GCCAUUUUCUCCUUAUCAUCGUAGUCGCCGCGUGAACGCCGCACGAGGUGAAAAAGAUUCCAGUUUCAAUCCUGAAGCCACGAUAUAUUACCUAGCACACAUUUCAACAUGGCAGCCCAAUUCUUUAACCGAAUAGGCCAGCUUGGUCUAGGUGUAGCUCUCGCAGGUGGUGUUCUUAACUCUGCACUAUACAACGUCGAUGGAGGGCAUAGAGCUGUUAUAUUUGACAGAUUUGCGGGCAUAAAAAAUCUCGUGGUUGGAGAGGGAACACACUUUUUCAUUCCUUGGGUGCAGAAACCAAUUAUCUUCGACAUCCGUUCACGGCCACGAAAUGUCCCGGUCAUUACAGGAAGCAAAGAUUUGCAAAAUGUAAAUAUUACUCUCCGUAUUCUCUUCAGACCUGUACCCGACUCGUUACCUAAGAUAUACACAAUCCUUGGUGUGGACUAUGAUGAAAGGGUACUGCCAUCUAUCACUACUGAAGUACUGAAAGCUGUUGUCGCACAAUUUGAUGCUGGUGAAUUAAUCACUCAAAGAGAGGUUGUGUCUCAAAAGGUCAGCGAAGACCUUAUGGACAGAGCUUCGCAGUUCGGCCUCAUUCUAGAUGAUAUCUCUAUCACACACUUGACAUUUGGUAAAGAGUUUACUCAAGCUGUGGAAUUGAAGCAAGUGGCGCAGCAAGAAGCUGAGAAGGCUCGUUUCCUGGUAGAAAAGGCUGAGCAACAGAAGAAAGCAGCUGUUAUCAGCGCUGAGGGUGAUGCACAGGCUGCGAGUUUGUUAGCAAAGUCUCUCGCUGAGGCGGGAGAAGGUCUCGUCGAGCUCAGGAGAAUCGAAGCUGCAGAAGACAUUGCGCACAACUUGUCCAAGUCGCGACAAGUGGCGUACCUACCGCCAGGCCAAAAUGUGCUGCUCAAUUUGCCGCAGUAAAAUACAAAAACUGGUACAGUGUGUUCUUGACUUAAAUUGUGCAUUUACAUCGUGAAGAGUAUGAUGCUGUAAUAGAAUGUAAAAAAGGGCAUGCGGCAGAAAUUUCCCUGAAAGUGUUGCAUAGCAGGAAUACAUAGUAUUUCAUAACACUUACGUUUUCAGCCAUGUGUCUGCCUCAUUUUAGAAGUACACAUGUUUCCUAUUCCCUUUAGCUUGGAGGCAUUUCUACAUUAAAUAGUUUAAUCCCAAGUGCUUGACGCCUAUUUUUACAAUAACAUUACUGCUGGGUGUAGACCAAUAUCUCAGUGAUACUAUAUCAACGACAAAUAUAAUACGAUGCAAACUUAA